AUGGAUGACGCCUCGGGCCUCUCAGACACCCCUGUCCAAAGAUUGGAACGAGAAUACGAACGUGUCAUGCGAGUGACAGUAGAGGAGUUAAAUCUGGAACCAGCCGUAUACCUGCGAGAAGGGACAGAGCUCUUGGAUCAGUUGAGCGACCACCUGAAUAUGUUUCCAGAGUUAGAAGAAUUGAUUCCGGAGUGUGAUAUCGACAAAGCCGACGUCGGCGUUCCUGGCGUCGCGACCCCAGAGAUGGAGGACAAGAUGCGAAAGAUCCUGAAUUAUCAUCGUCGUAUCUUCUUAGGUGAUGGUAAUGCCGCACCGGCCCCAGCUCGCGGAGUCGUUUGUGACUUAGAUGUAGGUGAUGCGAUGCCGAUAGCACUGCGUGCUCGACAGACCGCCUCUAGAUUCCUGGUGAAGGUUUACGAACAGCUGAAGAAGCUCCUAGAGACCGGGCUUAUCGAACACUCUGAAUCGGAGUGGUCGUCCCCGAUCGUGAUCGUUCUGAAGAAUAAUGGAGAAGAUAUCAGAAUGCUGAUUAACCAGUUGAUCAAGCUACCUCUGAUUGACGACUUGCUGACUGACUUUAAUGCUGCGGCAUGGUUCAUGAGUCUAGAUAUGGUGAGCGGUUUCUGGUCGAUUCAGAUGACAGAGUGGGUGAAGUUGAUUUCGGCCUGUGUCUGUCUAUUCGGACAUUUCCAGUGGAUUCGGAUGCCUUUUGGCGUCAAGAACGCGCCUGUAUCAGAAUGUGAUCAACAACUGUCGCGGGGAUUCGUGCCGCUCCCACCUGAGGAAGAGGCCACGGUCGAUCGAGAUGUCCUGGAAUUUCUGAAGUUGACCGUCCCAGACACAGGACCGACGAUCGAGAAUCCUCAGGAUGAAGGUGGCUUCAGGCUUCCAGAACUGAUAAAGUUGGUGACUGCAUUCAGGCGAAACAUUCCGAUCCCGACGCAGAUUGGACCGGUACUGGGACGAAGCUCUUACAUAGACGUCAUAGCUCACGGGGCGCCUACCUGGGACAAACUUUGUGAAGACCUGAAUGCUCGGCUAUUCCGACUCCGAUACUGGCAUAUCUCGGUUAGUCUCCCGAAAAGCGAGUUCGGUAAACAAGUUAUACCGUAUCUACGUCCAGAAGUCUGUGUCGAAGGUAUCAGGGCUACCCCGAAGAUUGCCAAGAGUGUUCAGGACCUACCUUUCCCAUCGAUUCUGAAGGGCGUUCAAUCGUUCUUAGGAAGCCUGAAUUACUACAACAAGUUUAUCGAGGAUUUACCUGUUGUCGCGGCUCUGCGCCAUCCAGAUUGUACCAAGCCGUUUGUCAUCAUCCCGCAUGCAAACCCGUGGGCGGCCUGUGCUGUCUUGGGGCAGGAACAUGAAGGGAUCAUCCAACCAGUGCGCUUCACUGGGCGGGUUCUGAACGAGUCCGAACUCAGGUACCACAUCGCGGAGAAAGAGGUGUAG